CAGGAGUGUAACUAUUUCCCCCACGAAUGUAAUUUGUCUUCACCGAGUACCCGUAUCAGCUUUGUGAUUUACUAUCGUAUGACACUUCGUGUGUUUGAUUAUUUUUUUCUGUGACGGUAAUGUUAGCAGGCUAAUAUAAAGUGCACGCUCAAGUCUCAGGGAGGCGCAUAAAGUAGCUAGCCCCCUUCUUUUGAAAGUAAACGUGGCUCUGUGUGUAACCGGUCGGGUGGUACAAAGGAAAUUGGAAACAGACUCAAGAUACCGAAUCGCGCUUAGCCAGCUGGUUUUGGGUGCUAGCCACAUUUAUUUGUACUUCUCACGAUUGGGUUGUUCCUUUCAAGGAUACCUGGAUCUAGUAGCAGGUGACGCCGACAAAACAGGGAUGUGCAAUGGCAUCGGUGCGGGUGGCUGUCCGGCUCAGGCCUAUUGACAGACGGGAGAAGGACUUGACUGCCAAAAACAUAAUUGAAAUGAAAGGGGACAAGACCACCAUUACAAACUUGAAGAUACCAGAUGGCAUUACCGGGGAUUCGAUGAGGGAGAGUAAAAAGACCUUCACCUAUGACUUCUCCUAUGACUCCGCUGACAGUAAAAGCAACACCUUUAUCUCUCAGGAAAAGGUGUUCAAAGACUUGGGCUCAGAUGUUCUCAAGGCUGCGUUCCAAGGCUACAAUGCCUGCAUCUUUGCCUAUGGCCAGACCGGCUCGGGGAAGUCCUACACCAUGAUGGGAAAUCCAGGAGAUGCUGGUCUCAUUCCACGGAUAUGUGAGGGUCUGUUCAGCCGGAUUGCUGGGAUGACUCGUUGGGAUGAGGCCUCCUUCCGCACCGAGGUCAGCUACCUGGAGAUCUACAAUGAACGUGUCAGGGACCUGCUCAGGAGGAAGUCCACCCAAACCUACAACCUGAGGGUGAGGGAGCACCCAAAAGAUGGACCCUACGUGGAAGACCUGUCCAAGCACCUGGUACAGAACUACCACGACGUGGAGGAGCUGAUGGAGGCGGGCAACAUCAACCGCACCACGGCCGCCACGGGCAUGAACGACACCAGCAGCCGCUCGCACGCCAUCUUCACCAUCAACUUCACCCAGGCUAAGUUUGAUGCGGAGAUGCCCUGCGAGACGAUCAGUAAAAUCCACCUGGUGGACUUGGCGGGCAGCGAGAGAGCGGACGCCACCGGUGCCACUGGAGUCCGGCUCAAGGAGGGCGGCAACAUCAACAAGUCACUGGUCACCCUGGGCAAUGUCAUCUCCGCUUUAGCGGACCUGAGCCAGGACAGAGUGAACACCAACCUGAAGAAGAAGCAGGUGUUUGUGCCUUACAGAGACUCUGUGCUAACGUGGCUCCUCAAGGACAGCCUGGGAGGCAACUCCAAGACCAUCAUGAUCGCUACCAUUUCACCUGCUGACGUCAACUACGGCGAGACGCUGAGCACUCUGCGCUACGCCAACCGUGCCAAGAACAUCAUCAACAAGCCCACGAUCAACGAGGACUGCAACGUCAAGCUCAUCCGAGAGCUCAGGGCCGAAAUUGCCCGACUGAAGGCCCUUCUGGUCCAGGGAAACCAGAUUGCACUUCUUGACUCACCCACCGCUCUGAGCAUGGAGGAGAAACUACACCAGAACGAAGCCCGAGUGUUGGAGCUAACCAAGGAGUGGACUAACAAGUGGAAUGAAACUCAGAACAUUCUCAAGGAAGAAACCCUUGCCCUGAGGAAAGAGGGAAUCGGUGUCGUCCUCGAUUCGGAGUUGCCUCAUCUAAUUGGUAUCGACGACGACCUCCUAAGUACUGGCAUCAUCCUCUACCAUCUAAAGGAGGGCAGGACGAAUGUUGGUCGAGACGAUGCGUCGACUGUUCAGGACAUUGUUCUCCAUGGGCUGGACCUAGAGAGUGAACACUGCAUGUUUGCGAACCAGACCGGCACCGUCACACUGGUUCCACUCAAUGGGGCCCAGUGCUCCGUGAAUGGAGUGCAAGUGACAGAAGCCUCCCCACUAAACCAAGGUGCUGUUAUCCUUCUGGGGAGAACCAACAUGUUCCGUUUCAACCACCCUAAAGAGGCAGCUAAACUAAGGGAAAAGAGGAAGAGUGGACUGCUCUCUUCCUUUAGUCUGUCCAUGACCGAUCUCAACAAAUCAUGUGAGAACCUCUCCACAGUAAUGCUCUACAACCCAGGUCUCUUCACUGAAAAGGGGCCUAUCUAUCUCAGGUUGGAAUUUGAGAGACAGCAACGGGAAGAGCUGGAGAAGCUGGAACACAAAAGGAGGCUUAUUAAGGAGAUGGAAGACAGGCAGAAGUGUGAGAAGGCGGAGCUGGAGCGCCUGCAACAGGAGGUGGAGUCCCAGCGCAAGGAGUCGGAGCAGGUGCAGCAGCGCAUCCUCCGCCAGGAGGAGACCCUCCGCUGCCGCAGCCAGGACAUCGAGAGCCGCCUGCGCGACCUCCUGGCUGAGAAACAGCGCUUUGAGGAGGAGCGCCACCGCGAGACCAAGGAGCUGGAGCUACACAGGCGCCAGCGGCGAAAGCAGCAGGAGGAGCGCGAGGGCGAGAAGACGCAGGACGAGGAGGCGCAACGCCAUAGUGAGGCGGCAGAGCGUGCCGAGCAGGCGGAGAUCUUCCGCGAGCUGGAGCGGCUGAAGCGGGAGCACGAGGAGCAGGCCGUGCGGCUGGAGGCAGAAAGGCGGAGGCUGGAGGAGCGCGAGAUGGAGCAGCUAGGCCUGGUGGGGCGCCUAGAAGAGCAGCUGAGGGAGCGCCACGAAGCGGCGGCUGCCCUGCUGACCCGCGAGGACACCCGGCGCCUGGAAGAGGGGCGACGUGCCUUGGCCGAGAUCCGCUCCGCCCUGCUCCGCGCCAAGGAGGCCAGCGGGCGCUCCGACUGCGACGGAAUGGGCGAGGAGGCCGGGCGCGCCGCCCAGGUCCGUUACACGGACUUCAAGGCAGCGCAGGUGGAGGAGCUGGGUCAGUUGGAGGAGGGUCUCCGGCUGCAGAAGGAGUGCCUGGAGAAGGAGGUGGCGUCAGAGCGCGCAGCCCUGGCCGUCCUGGUCCACGCCCACAAGGAGCGGCAGCGACAGCUGCGAGAGACCCAGGAGAAGGGGGCACAGGACUCCUCAGAAUUCUCCCAGGAAGAGCAGCGGAUGCAACAGGCUGAGCAGCGCCUCCUCUUCAAGGAGCGCCGGCUAGCCAGCCUAACCGACAGCCUCCUGCCGGCGGUGGCUGAGGAAAGGCAGAGGGCGGAGGAGCUGCUGAAACUCGGAAGCUCCUCUGGCGCUGGCAGCAUUUCGAACAUCUCCCUGGGACUAGACAACACCCUGUACCAGGUGGAAAAGGAACUUGAGGAGAAGGAGGAGCGCCUUACCUCACACUGCGCCAGCGCCGAGCAGCUUCAGCAGCUGCAGGAGACGUACGAGUUCACGGCCAAUGUGGCGCGCCAGGAGAAAAAAGUGCGGCGCAAGGAAAAGGAGAUCCUGGAGUCACGGGAGAAGCAGCAGCGUGAGUCCCUGGAGCAGGCAGUGGCGCGCCUGGAGAGAAGGCACUCGGCGCUGAGGCGCAGUGUCUCACUGGACCCAGAGAGUGUGGAAUCCAGGCACAAGGCCUCCGUUCUGGGGCCCGCGCGGGAACUCGACCAAGAGAGGGUGGACCGGGAGAUCCAGAAGCUGAAGCAGAGGAUCAAUAAAACUGAGGGAAGUGGAAGGAGUCACACUGGGAGCGGAGAUGAAAAGACCAGUCUCAGCACCCCCCCUGUCAGCCCAAUCCAGAGCCUACCCCCAGUGCUGCCGAUCACCGAUGACGGGAUAAAUGCAUACAUUGAGGAGGAGGUUAAGAGAAGGUUACAGAAGCUGAACCUCUUCAAUGGUGACAAAACCAUUGAGCUCUCGCUUUCAUCUGAAUCUCUGCAGGAUGAUGACAAGCUGCAAAACCUUGUCAACCCCAGGAAAUUGAAAUAUGAGAAAGACUCCAUGCCCUUGCUGUGGCGUAGCUUCCUGUGUGUCCCAGAACGUGAGACGAGCACUCACCUGGAAGGGGCUACAACAAGUUCAGAAGAAGAAGGCGGCAAAGACCGCUCUGAAUUAGAUAAAAUUGGCAAUCCAGAAAGGGAAACCAAAGUCUUAGCAGAAAAUUAUAGAAUGCCUUAUAAAGAGGGUGACAAAGCAAAAUGGGGGCAGGUGGAAGUGAAGGGGAAGGUUGACCAAGCUGACUUUGAGAAGAGUAGCUGUGAUUUUAAAACCAAGUACUGUGGAUUUAGGUCUAUAAACACCAUAGUCGGUGAGGAAGGAAAUAACAGCCAAUGUAGGCCAGAUGAGGAAGAAACCAAUUUUAGUUGCGACAUUGUUGAUGACAAGACGAGAAGUCUAUCUUAUUAUCAGUCCAGAGAAACCAGAACAGAAAACCCACUGUUGCUCUCACAGUUUGACUCUUUGGAAGGAACUAAGGACCAAGUUCAGAACACAAGCAAGACAAGUAACGGCACUGCAACCGUGAUAAAUGCUGAAUUCCCCAUACUGAGACGAAGUUCAAAGAGACAAAUCACCAUCGAGGGCUACUUUGGUCUCAACAAGAUCUCUGAAGAGUCUGUAAAUGGGCAGGCGCAAAGGAAUCUGAGAACUUCAGAACCAGAUCUAUUAACCAACGAACUGGGAGCCAAACAGAGUUACGUCCUUGGAUACUUGGCAGGCAAGCUGUCUGGAGUUUAUAAUGACGCUGGACAAUAUCUGCAGAGUACACGGGAUAUCAUUCGGCAGGUUCGAGCAGGAGAGACUUCAGCAUUGACUAGUACAUUCUCUCCGUACAUGACCAUAGUUACAAAAUAUCUUCCACUUGCUCAGGAAAAGCAGCUUGAACCUUCAAUGAAACCUGACUUAAGGCAGAAUAAAGUUCAUUUUGCCAAUUUGACGGGCAAUUGCCUUUUCAAUGUACCUGAGAAAGGUAACGUGUCUCCAAUUCCGGACAUUUCAUUAUGGCCUAAAGGCUCUAUGACUACAUACAAAGACGGGGAGCCUGUAAUUUAUUGUCAGACGCUCGUGCAGUUUCCCAUAUGCCUUUCUGAAUUACAGUGUCUUCCGCUUCAGAAGAUGCUCUAUCGUUUGUACUGUGUUACGCCCAAAAUCGCUGCCAUUUCCCACCAUCUUUUGGGUAUCUACUGGCUAAGCGUUGCCAAUUGCAAACAGCCUACACCACAACCAAGUUGCUUACUGUUAUCUGAAACUGACCUCUAUGCAGUCUCCGCUGGUACUGGUUUAGGUAACAACCAACCUUUGGCAGUUUUUCAGCACUUCAGUCUCUUGCACAUCAAAGAGAUCCAAGUGAGCUUUGCCGGGCAGCAUUUACGACUCCUGGGCUCCACUAAAGAAACCAUCUUGGUCAUCUUCACCCACAGUAAAGAGCUUACCCAGGCGCUAUGCUGUACCCUGCUGAAGAUCCUUGCCCCGGCAGAGGUUCAGGAAGGCCCAGGAGCCCACCCCUUGCUUUGUGGAGACCUCUCGCGCCUCUCUCUGGACUGGAGGUCCCACGUUCCAGACCUCCUGCUGGAUAGUGGCCUCUGUGUUACCUCACGCUUUAAGAGGAUCAUGGCUGAUCUGCUCUACAUCUUGCACGGCAACAUGGAAGAACCCAACAAGCCCUCCUUGGCUAACAUACGCCUUCUUCUCUACACUUCCAUCAAGGUGGAAAACUAUUCCACCUCGCGCCAAGUUGUCCUUUGCCAGUUCUUUCUCACCGACAAUCACAUAGGCCUGGUGCAAGAGGAUGCUGUGUUCCACCCGGAACCUCGAGGCUCAACUCUGGUUCCCAUCCAGCCCCAGUUUCAGGGAGUAGAACUGCGCAGACGCUCAGACAUCCGAUGUGUGCUCGUGAGACACAGCGAUAGAUGUAUGGUGCUUGACAUCGUAUUCUCCGUGACUCACAAAGGGCAGAUUGAGACCAAAAGAAAAACCAGGAAAGGCUUAGGCAUUGUCCCUCUACCUUCUGAUUGCAGGCCCCCAGCUGAUUCCUGGAAAUUAACUUUCAGCUCUACCUCGGAUGCAGCAAUCCUAAUCAAUCACCUGUCGAACCUGAUAAAAGGAUCUAAUGCUAAUAGGUAAUAAAUGGAAAGGAGUUUAAUGGCCACUGCAAGCCUGAAGCGUAAUGACUGUGCCGCCCUGCUGAACUCCUUGUUUUCUUUCAGUAUUGCACUUGAGCAAGAAAGCCAUGGUGAGUUGGCUAGCUAGCUACAUUCAGUAUUGUCAGCCAACUGCAUUUCUGAGUAUAGUAUUCAGAUAGCUAGUCAGAUAACAUUAGGGUUUGCAUACUACAAGAGUUGAGCAACAUUGUCGUAAAGAUUUCACUUGUAAAUCUUUUUUUGUUUGAGCAUGACGGUACUGUUCUACCACUUCCAAUGUGUAUUUAAGUUUAAAUUAUUUGUUUGAUUAGUUGAAAAUCAUAUUCCAAAAAAACAAUUAUUCUUGUAACACGGCCUUUGUAAUUGUUAAUGCAUGUCCAUAAUGUCAGUAACAUUUUAUUGAAACUUCUACAGGAUCCUCAUGAAUAUUGUGUUAUAAGAAAAUACAUGUCCAUAUUAUAAAUAUAGAUCAAAUACUAAAAUCUAAAUGUCUAACUCCAAUGGCUGCUAUUGAUUUUAAAGUAUUUUAUAGUAUAUUUUAUAUCUUCUCUUCUUAACAUACUGCCACUGUGGUACACCUUAAUCAAAUCCUAGUCCAUCCUUAAUUGUCACUUUUAAGAACAAUUUUACUCACAAACCUAAGUGUUUUGUAUUGGUGUAGUUAAUUAAUUGGAUAUUUCAUAGAUUUUCUUUCCUACUACAGGGAAUAGAAUGACCUUUUAUUUAGUCAGCUUAGCUCUCCCUCUCUGUUCUUACAUGAAUGCUCACAUCAAUCAUUUAUGGCUGGUAGAAUGUGUUUUCUUCAAUAUAUUUGUGUACACAUUUAUGCAUAUUCAUCAUGGUAAUGUGCAAUAUGAUUUUGAGGAAUAUGUAUGAAUAGUAAUAUGAAGAAUGUCUGAAGUAUACUAUGACUUGACUAUGAUCACUGCAAUAAUGUUAAUAAAAGAUGGUUAAUUGUUUUAACAAAAAAAUAAAGAUGGGCUUACACAGAACACUUUGUGUUGCCUGGUUGUAUCUAGCUGUUCUGUUUCGUACCUAUUCACUGUUGUCAUAUAAAUAAGACUACACCUUCCUGUCCAUGUCUCUCUCUCUCCCGUUUUCAUUUCAUUCCACCCAUGUCUU